AUGGAAUCUAAAGUUAAGGUGCUACAUCUAUGGGGCACGCAAGGCCAGCCGUCGCUCGUUUCUCCGGAAAGUAUAGCACUAUGUUGGAUGGUGAAUGAUUCAAUGUUCGAUUCGCCUGUUGAAGUUGUUUUCUCCAACAAUACGGACCUCUCUCCAACCGGGGAAUUGCCAUUAUUGAUCGAGGAAGAUGGGAAGAAGAGCACUGGGGUCUACACAAUAGUGGAAAGGUUGGCUGGUGGCUCAGAUAGAGAUGCGGAAUCCUCGUUGCUAUGUGAUGCAUUAUUGCAAUUUGCAGCUGAUGAAUUGAAAAAGUGCACCAUGUAUCAAUUGUUCUUGAACACAGUGAAUUAUAACGAGUACACCAGUAAGGUGUACUCGUACCUAUUGCACUGGCCAUUCUGGUACAACACACCGUUGAAUGGCAAGGCGUGUGCGCAGAAACUAUGCCAGGACAUGGCUAUCUCAAUUCCAGACGAUGAUGACGACCUGGAUUCAGGUGCCAAAGGGUCCCAGAAUUCGCACCAGGACAAGGCUAUCGAGAUGGCACAGUCUCAGGUAUUCAAAGUGGCCAGAGACAACAAGAAACAACAGAAAAAGAGACUUCAGGACCUCAAGAAUAACUCUAGGGUCAUUUCGAAUCUCACACAGAUACUUACCCACUGGACAACGGCAAGACCGGCCGUCGAUGCAAAGUUGAUCCCGGCAGAUUUGUUGCUAGCAGCCCAUUUGAAGGUCCAGAUGGACCUCCCCCAGGGAGACAUUGUCAAUACGCAUCUCCUCAACAACUUCCCUACGCUAUAUUCCACAGUUAAAGAAAUACAGCAAAGGAACUCGGAUCUCCAGAUACCAAACAUAAGGGAUCCAUCCUUCACAGAGAGUGGGAAUGUCGUCAUGUCUACAUUUAACCUCAUUAAAACGUACACACCGUAG